AUGGCUCCGCAGGUGGUGGAGACCGUCGCCAGUUCCGCUGCAAAAGAGUUCAAGAAAGAAUCGGCCGCUGCCAGACUCUUGGGGUCGGGAUCCGCUGGGAUCGCCGAACUCGCCAUAUUCCACCCAGUUGAUACCAUCGCCAAACGAUUGAUGAGCAACCAAGGAAAAGUCGCAUCAGCUGCUAGACUAAAUGAAGUGGUUUUCAGAGAUACAGCUCAUGCGACAGUUGGGAAGAAAUUUACCUCUUUAUUUCCGGGGCUGGGUUAUGCUGCAGGAUAUAAGGUGCUGCAACGCAUAUACAAGUAUGGCGGCCAGCCAUUCGCAAGAGACUAUCUAGCAUUACAUCACGGAGACCAGUUCGACCGAACGUUUGGAAAGGGUAACGGGAAGGCAAUCAUGCAUGCGACUGCCGGAAGCUUCAUCGGCAUAGGCGAAAUCGUCCUCCUCCCACUCGACGUCCUGAAAAUUAAACGCCAAACCAACCCCGAGGCCUUCCGCGGCCGCGGUGUCUUCCGAAUAGUAGCGGACGAAGGCAUGGGACUCUACCGCGGCGCCGGCUGGACCGCCGCCCGUAACGCCCCCGGCUCGUUCGCUCUCUUUGGUGGUUCAGCAGCCGCGAAACAAUACCUGUACAAACUCGAUGAUUAUAACUCAGCCGGCUUCAUGCAGAACUUCGUUGCCUCAAUCGCUGGUGCAACCGCCUCCUUGCUUGUGUCGGCCCCGUUGGAUGUGAUUAAAACGAGGAUACAGAAUCGGAAUUUCGAGAAUCCGGAGAGCGGAUUCAAGAUUGUGGGGAGCAUGAUGAAGAAUGAAGGGUUUACGAGUUUCUUCAAGGGGUUGACGCCGAAGUUGUUGAUGACCGGCCCGAAACUGGUGUUUAGCUUUUGGCUUGCGCAGACGCUGAUACCGGCAUUCAAUACGAUUGUAUAG